AUGUCGCGAACAGUGAGCAAGUUGUUCAUGGUGGGGCUGUGCCUGUGUCGUGGUGUCGCUACGAGUACAUAUCAACUUGAUACCAAGUACGCCGGAACGACUUUUUUCGACGACUUCACUUUCUUCGAUAUUGCGGAUUAUUCUCACGGAUUCGUAAAUUAUGUGGACCAAAGUACAGCUAUCGAAGAUGGACUUAUUAAUACCGCUGCAAAUGGAUCGGUGAAUAGUGUGAGGAUAACGAGCAACAAGUCUUGGACGCAUGGCUUGGUCAUUCUUGAUCUGGCCCAUAUGCCUGGAACGGAUUGUGGUUCUUGGCCUGCUUUCUGGAUGGUGGGGCGCGAUUGGCCCAAUGGGGGUGAAAUUGACAUCAUCGAAGGUGUCAACAGUAACACAGUAAACCAAGUAUCCCUUCACACAGACGACAACUGCACCAUAUCUUCCAACCCACAACUCGGCGCCCUCAUAAACCCCAACUGCGCCGAAUACCAAAGCUCCGGCUGCGCCACUAUCCUCUCUUCAUCCUCCUACGGGACGCCAUUCAAUGCUCUCUCCGGCGGUGUAUAUGCCACAGAAUGGACGUCCUCCUACAUCCGCGUCUACUACUUCCCCCGCUCAUCUAUCCCCGCCGACAUUCUCGCUGGCAGUCCCGACCCAGCAGGUUGGGGACUUCCGCAAGCCGAUAUGCAAGGAAAUUGUGAUGUUGAUGCGCAUUUUUAUGAGAUGCAGGUUGUGUUUGAUACUACGUUUUGCGGUGAUUGGGCGGGUGUUGUGUGGGCGUAUGAUCCAGUUUGUAGUCUGAAGGCACCGAAUUGCCAGACGUAUGUGGCUGGGAAUCCGGGGGCUUUUGAGGACGCGUGA